UACGUAGGCUGGAUCCCCACUUCGAGGAGGCAGGUCUGGAUGGGCGCGCCCGCGCCGCGGCCCCAGACGGGGAGGGGCUGGCGGCGAGGGGGCGAUCGCAGAAGGCAGGCCCCACAAAGGGGGCCCUCCGUGCCCCCCGCCCCCCGGGCUCGGAGUUGAGGCUGUAGCCUGCCGCCGGGGCAGCCGGGCGGGUAGGGAGGCGACGAGGCGAGAGUACUGCUCUGACGCACCGGCGCCCGGACGCUCCAGGGACGCUCCAGGGACGCCCAGCUGCCGCCCGCCCUGGGCACCCCGACCACCGUCCCUGCCGAGGUGGGAGCCUGGGCACGCCAGCCUAGGAGGGCCCCGGCCGCCAGACGCAGCCCAGCGUUCUCCGCCCUGCCCCGCCGUCUCCCACGGCCGCUGCCCGGCGGGAGGCUGGGGCCGGUCUGGUCGACCAUCCCCAGGAGCCCUGCCGCCAGGCGGAGGCUGCAAACGUCCAGGGUGGCUGUGCGCGCCGGGGCCACCGUCUUCCUGAACGCCCCUCCUGCACACCCCCUGGGCUGGCCUCCCGACCCGACGAUGGAUUCGCCUGUGAACCUCACCUACUUCUCCCUCUUCACCCCGGCCCCUUCGGAGACCAACCACAGCAGCCUCGGCACCGGCUCGGAAGACCCGCGCCCCAGCCCGCCGCUCCUCUCUGUCUUCGGUGUGCUUGUGCUAACCUUGCUGGGCUGUCUGGUGGCCGCGACCUUCUCCUGGAACCUUCUGGUGCUGGCGACCAUCCUCCGUGUGCGCACCUUCCACCGUGUUCCGCACAACCUCGUGGCGUCCAUGGCCAUCUCGGACGUGCUGGUCGCGGCUCUGGUCAUGCCACUGAGCCUGGUGCACGAGCUGUCCGGCCGCCGCUGGCAGCUGGGUCGCCGGCUCUGCCAGCUGUGGAUCGCGUGCGACGUGCUCUGCUGCACCGCCAGCAUCUGGAAUGUGACGGCCAUCGCGCUGGACCGCUACUGGUCCAUCACCCGCCACCUGGAAUACACGCUCCGCGCCCGCAGGCGCGUCUCCAAUGUUAUGAUCCUGCUCACCUGGGCGCUCUCCGCGGUGAUCUCCCUAGCGCCGCUGCUCUUCGGCUGGGGGGAGACCUACUCCGAGGGCAGCGAGGAGUGCCAGGUGAGCCGCGAGCCCUCCUACACCGUGUUCUCCACCGUGGGCGCCUUCUACCUGCCGCUCUGCGUGGUGCUCUUCGUGUACUGGAAGAUCUACAAGGCCGCCAAGGUGUGCGUGGGCUCCAGGAAGACCAACAGCGUCUCGCCCUUAACGGAGGCUGUGGAGGCAAAGACCUCUACUCAGCAGCCCCAGAUGGUGUUCACUGUCCGCCACACCACCGUCACCUUCCAGACAGAAGGGGACACGUGGAGGGAACAGAAAGACCAGAAAGCUGCCCUGAUGGUGGGCAUCCUCAUUGGGGUGUUUGCACUCUGCUGGAUCCCCUUCUUCACCACAGAGCUCAUCAGCCCCCUCUGCUCCUGUGACAUCCCCGCCAUCUGGAAGAGCAUCUUCCUUUGGCUCGGCUACUCCAACUCCUUCUUUAACCCCCUGAUCUAUACAGCAUUCAACAAGAACUACAAUAGCGCCUUCAAGAAUUUCUUUUCUAGGCAACACUGAGAAUGGCGCCUGGGCAUAAGAAUGAGUAACUCAGUGAAAUUUCCAAUUCCAUCCACUUCCCCAUCCCUACACAGCACCACAUGAAAAAGGCAAGCCCAUGAAGUUUUCCAGGGUCGCCUUCAGAACUGGCCCUCACCUCCAUACUCCUAGGUAGGGAUGUGGGUCUUCACAGUCCAAUUUUGUCAACCUUAUUGAUCUAAAUUACCUAUUAUUUCUCACUUAGCACCUAAUAGCCACAGACUUUACCCACAAAGUACCCAUUCCACCCCCAAAUCCACUCCAGUGUGGUCAUUGUCCUUGCCCCAGAGAAGUCAAACAAGGCAGAUGAGAGGGAAGAAAUCAAGCAACUUGAACAGGUUGAGAAUGGAUAGAAAAUGUUGAGGAAGAAGUCAGAAUGGGGACAUCCGAGGGGUAGGAAACCAUAAUUCCCAGUUUUCUGGAAUAGUCCUUAUUUUGAAAUGCCAUUCUAUGGUCCUGGUGAGUAUACCCUAGUACUUAUUGUGUAUGUUCCAAUGUUUGGCUACAAAAUAUUGUCUCUAAACCUAUUAAAGUACAUAGUCACAGCUGCAAGACCAGUGAA